UGUUCCCGGUAGAUGUCGAUGCUGACACCGAUGGGGAUUCUCUUCUCCAGUGCGCAGCGCUCCGGCCCGGCCGCUCCUUCCUUCCUCAUCUCCUCUCCUCACACAGCUGGCUCGCUCUCCUCUCGGAUGAUGGCUCUGGCUUCUCCUGUCGCACACAGCGCUGGACCCAGGGCUGGACUGGACUACCAACAUAGAGUGGUGUUUGUGACAGAGAGGGAGCGGUUUGAGGUCCCAGUCCGUGCCAUUGGGCCACGUGCCAUUCUUGAUUUCCGCGACAAACUCCUCUUCCCCGUCUGUCCUGUGAAAUCCUCCACAGAGAAGACUCAGCAUGUCCGCAACAUAGGAAAUGGCAAGGCCAAGUUCAAGCUGGACACGCAGAGCCCGUUCUCUGUGACGCCAUCCAGUGGGACUGUUGACGUCGGCGGGAGCGUCCAGGUGACUGUGGAUUUCCACCCUAUGACAGUAGGGGUCCACAGCCAGCCGCUGGUCCUGCACUACCACACCGGUGAAGAUGUGCACAUCAGCUUGCAAGGUGUUUGUGAAGAACUGGACAUCCGCCUUGAGGCAGACUCUGUCCUUUUGACAAAGACCUACAUGUCCUUGGCCAGCCAUCGCACAGUGUCCCUCACCUACAGGAGUGAGAUCCCUCUGAAGUACUUCUGGACCACGUGGCCCAGCCUGCAAGAGGAGGCCCUGAGCUUAUUGAGCGAGAGCUCGGGGCUGGCACAGGAGGAGUUUGAGAGGAAGCGGCUGCUCGCUCAAUGCAAAGCACAUCCCACAGUGAUACAUCGCCUUCCGCUGCUGUCCAGAGCCCUGCAGGAGCGCAGAAGCCAGACAGUGAGGGACCACCGGCUGGUCCUCUCACACAGCUGUAUUACCAUGGAACCAGCGGAGGGUGAGAUAUGGCCCAGGACUCCAGCCCAGUUUCACAUUGUCUUCAAGCCUGAGGAGGCCAAACUGUACCAACAAACCAUAUAUUGUGAUAUCACAGGCCGUGAAGCUCGGUUGACUCUCACAAUAAUGGCGGAGGGCAUUGGACCUAAUGUCCAGUUCAACUACGACCUGAUGGACAUGCAGAACGUAGUCAUUGGAGACACAGACUAUUAUGAAUUUCCUCAGAGCCACAGAGGGACGUUUGGCCGGGUCGAGCCCAGUGAGGGGGAAGUGCCACCCGAGAGCCAGCUGGAGCUGAAAGUAGUGGCUCACCUGAAGGACACACUUCUCUUCCGGGCCAGGAUGGAAGUAUCUAUCCAGAACAGCCACGUGCACACUGUGCUUCUGUCCGCCACCGGCACUGGCACCACAAUUGUCAGUGACAGACCUUUCGCGCCCAACCUUGAUCUAGGUACAUUUUUAGGUAGAAUGAGUAAGCCUUUGCCCUCCUCUGGCAAAGAGAGGCCUGUGUUCAGCCUCAGCCCUUCUCGUGUGGAGCUCGCUCCAGGCGGCUCAGUCGACAUGGUGCUGACAGGAUCUUCAGACUCCCCCAAGGUUGUUCAGGAGCGCCUGGUGUGCCAUGGCUUUGUGGGUCGACAGGGCUGUAGAGAGCUCAUCAUGUGCGUAGAUCUUACCUGUCGCUUUGUGGCUCCCAUGCUCAGAAUUUCCUCCAGGCAGCUGAAAUUCCACCUGGAGAAGGUCCCAGGAGAGAGGCUAAUGCCGCUAUACGAGAAGCUCGUCUUAGAGAAUGUGUUGUCUCUGUCUCUUUCUGUUGAGCUCUCUCUGGUUGAGCCCUUCUCUUUGUGUGAGGCCUCAGGAGCCCACAGCCCGGCUACCACUAAGUCCAUGACUAUAGGUGAUGGGCAGCAGGCUGAGCUGUGGGUGUGCUUUGACCCAACUUACUGUCAGGAUCGGGUGUCACGAGUCGUGAAAGAGAGAGACAGAGAUAGUGGAGGUAGAGGGGGAGCAGACAAAUCCAAAAGAUGGGACCGAAGAAGAAGAAGGAGGAUGGAGUUGGCCCAGAAUGCCUUCUCUGGCCUUUUCGGAUCCACUAGGGCCUGGUGCAGAGUGUUUGAUAUCUUGCCGAUAUUCGGUCAUCUGCAACCUGGUGAGCAGCAACGGGUCAUUUUCUGCUUCUACGGCCACGAGAAUGUCAGCAGCGAGGUGGUAGCACAGUGCCGUGUAGAAGAGGGGCCGACCUAUGAGAUCCGACUCCGAGGAGAGGUAUUAUUAAUCAGCUACAGCCUGUACUCCACGCAUAUCGACUUUGGUCUGCAGCCGUUUGAUCAAGAAAGUGAAGCUGAGGUGACGCUAACCAAUACUGGCAAGAUAGGCUUUAACUUCAGCAUCACACAUCUUCAAAAGAAGGAUGAAGAGGCAGAAGAGGAGGCAGGGGGGUUGAGGAAGGCCCUGGAGGAUGAGCAACAUUAUAAAGAGCUGCUUCACAUGGAGAUUGAGAGGAUGAUGGUCAAACAGAAUGCCCUCGCUGUGACUGACAGUCUGCUUGAGCUCCGAGAAUCGCAAAGUUCCUUCAUGAAGUGGCACAAACUUAGCCAGUUCCUGCUUCCAGAGUAUGUUUUGGAUUUUGGUUAUGUCAUUCCAGCCAUUCCCCACAGUCACAGUGUAAACGUGACAAACACUGGUACAGUGGCUGUGUCCUUCAAAGCCAGUGUCAAACCUCUAGCUGGAACAGGAUUCAGUACAGACUUUAAAAGAGUAAAAAACCUGCCUUGUGGAGAGACGCAGACUUUUACGGUCAAAUUUGACCCACAAACAGCUGACCUGAAGAUGGGGGAUACAAGUGUUGUCAUGCCAAUACAGGUCGUAGGCGGCCCGACGGUCCAGGUGCGGCUGUGUGCUUUGGUGACUGAGCCGGCCGUCACUGUUUCAACUGAUACCCUGCAGUUUGACACUGUGCAAUGUAUGAGGACAAUACAGCUGUUUAAUCACAAGUCUGUGCCGUGCGUCUGGAAUAUAGCUGAGAAGGGAAAGCCUAUCAAAAAGCAUCAAAAGGACUUACAGAUACAACAACCACCUGCUGUGGUGUUCAAGAUGAUUCCCAGUUCUGGCAUGCUGUCUCCUGGUGAACAGGUCAAUGUCCAGAUAAAGUUCACCCCUGCUAAGGGGAGUUCUUACAACAGGCAGCUACAUGUCCGUGUGGCUGAGAGCAGCCAGCAGCUGUUCAUUACAGCCCAGGGGCGGGCGGAGGAGCCACAUCUGGAGUUCUGCCCGUCUGUGCUGGAGCUCGGGCCAUGCCUGCCUCUCAACAGUGACGUCGAGGUCAACGUCACUGUCAGAAACCCCUGCCCUUUCCCUGUUGAGUUCUACUCCCUGGAAUUAGACACACAGUAUUCCGAAGAAGAAAAGAUCCUGCGUCUUGUUAAGGGUUAUGGCGAGAACCGCAUAUUACUGCUGCCCCCCAGAGCCCCUGGAGAAAGUCUUCCCCAGGAACUGCUCGAGUACUACCAGGAGCACGGCUCCCAGCUGAAAGACGAUGCAGGACUGAAACAAGGCCUGGAUGAAGAUGAAGCUGUGAUGGUUGACACAUACGAGGAAAGAGACAGCAAAGUGGAAGAAAUGCAUUCGUUAAGUUUGAAACCAGCUGAAUUACUGGUUUUGGAGAUGACCGUAGUGGGAAAUUCCCAGGCACUGGGGCAGCUCGAGAUGACCCCCGUCUCCAGAGCAAUAGCUCGCCACAUGCGUGUGGAUCUGUCGCCUGAAGGUCUGGCUGCACGCAACCGCAGAGGCAUUGCUAUUAUUGUGUAUGGAGCGCCACUGACAGAUAAUGGCAGCUGUGUGGCAGCUCUGGCCCGUCACUACGGAGGGGUAAGCCUGAGUGUUGAUGCCGUGGUUACCGAGGUGCUCGUCAAUGGAACUUCACCUAUCAGCCAGACUGCGACACAACCCUACGACUGUGCUGCCACCCGCGGAGGAGAUGUGGACAGUAAUCUGUUGCCUGAACAGCUAUUGGUUGACAUCCUGGCAGAAAGAUUUCAGUUAAGCGACUGUCACCGCGGCAUCGUGAUUGACGGCCUGGAGUCUGUGUAUGCUCAAUCGGCAGCAAGCGUGCUGCAAAUUAUUCUCAAGGCCCUUGAUAACCGCAAACGCAUCUUUGUAGUCAACCUGAGUGACUCGUACGACGCCCUGAAGGCACGAGAGGAAGCACAGAGAGAAGCCAAGGAGGCUCUGGAGAAAGAGAAAGCUGAAAUGGAGGAGCCGUGGUUGCAGGAGCUGGAUGAUGAGGAGUACGACGCUCUGCCCGAGGAGAAGAAGGAGCAUAUUGAUCAGCGACUAACAGAGAAGGAGCUCGGGCAGGAAGAAAAGAUGCUUCAGGAGGAGAUGACAAGGUUGAAGGAAGAAGAAUUGAAGAACAACAAAAAGGGAGGAAAAAUGACUCUUAAAGAAGUGUCAAAGGAGAAGAGCACACUGGAGAGGAAGCAGGUGGUUGAAAGAGAGCAGCUUCCAUUAAACAAAGGUGCCAGCAGAUCGCAUCGGAGGAAAGAAGCCAAGCGAUUACAAGCAGAAUCUUCUGUGCCUGCAGACAAGCUGGAGGGAGAGAUGCCAAUCCAGUCCAUUGUGGAUGAGCUGCAGUGUCAGUUCGCUGUGUAUGAGCAGACCCAGCAACAGGUGGAUCACAUCUUGCAGCACUGGGACCGAGCCCGGGGCUUGUUGCUGGUCCCGUUGCCUGGUGACGAGGCGCCUCCAGUGCCUGAGGAUGCCCCAACAGAGAAACAGCAUCCGCAGGGAGCAGAACACUUAUUCUUGACGGCUGUUGGCAAGAAGAACAAGAAACACGGCUCGUCUCCGUUGCCUAGUCAGAUGUCAGUGCCAGCUGCAGCGGACGUGGUGCUUCCACAGGACAUUAUCCCUCACGUUGCCCUGAACGUAACAGGGAAAGACUGUCCGAGUGCUGCGGAGCUGCUAAAAGGCAGCACACUGGCUCCACUGGCCGAGGUGUUGGAUGAUUUGGGUUUGGGACCCAGCGGCCCACCCGUCCCACCACCCACAACGUUCUCUGUGGUUCCUUUUCCUGAAAACAGGGAGCAAUCAAACGUUCAACUCACCUGUAGCUGUUUCACCUUCCUGGUUCCCUUUGGGCUGGACGAACAGGACGAGGAGAAUAAAGAUUGGGUGGAAGAUAUGCGCGCAUCAGUUGUAAAGGAAGGGGCAGGCUUUGAAGGUCGCAUCAAGGCCAGCUUGACAAAAAACAAGGAUAAAAAGACCAGAGAGAGUCAGAAGAGCAAGAGACAAACUUCAGACAAGACAAAGGCAAAGGGCUCUGACCUGUCUUCCUCCCCUCGGUUACCCCUCUCCUCCACACCUGACUGCGCUGAACAGGACCAACACAAAGACAACGUAAAGCUGAAACGUAGCCAGAGUCUGACAACAUUUCGCUGGGUUGUACCAGCUAAUGGCGAGGUGGUUCUGAGGAUCUGGUUCUACUCAGAAUUCCCAGGGACGUUUGAGCAGACCUUCAACUUUGAGCUUUUGGGGACUCUGAGAAGCUACCAGCUCCUCUGCAGAGGAAUUGGCACCUACCCCUCCAUCUGCAAAGACUACAUGACUCUCUUUGCCUAUAGUAAGAAGGUCCCACAAAUGGAAGACGGGCUCCAGAAUACAUACGUGAUCAAACCUGGAUAUGAGUUUGGACCAUUGCUCAGUGGCGAGACCAGAGACAGAUACAAAGAAAGGAGACGUCCAGUCAACACAGAGCGACUAGUGAUUCAUAACAUUUCAGGCCUGGAGGCUGAGGUCCAGUUCUAUUUCCAGCAUGAUAGCCAGGCCACCACGUACCUGCUGGACCCGCCGACUAUGACCCUCAAACCCGACCAGAAACAGGAGUUGACAGUGUGGGCGUACCCAACAAAACUGGGACAAAUGACGGACAGCAUUGUGUGCCAUGUCAAGGACAAUCCAGAGCUUGUCAACGUCAAACUUUCCCGCCGGGGCGUUCGGCCGGAGCUGGAGCUGGAAAGAAACCAUUGUCACUUUCAAAGGACAUUGCUGAAUAGGCGGGAGAGCAGCAGAGUGACGCCGCAUAACAAGACUGCUCUGCCGGUGUCUUGGAGACUGCGGGGCGUGGAGGAUUUAGGUGAUGAGUGUGCCACAGGAUCAGGGCAUUGUUUUACCCAACUCCUCUUACCAACUGAGCUUACACUUCAGGGCCAAGAGGCCACUCCACGUUAAGAAGAUCUUAUAUCUGGAGGUAUCUGAUGUGGGGAUGAUUCUAGGCAUCGUGCAAAAAGAAAAAAUACAGGUCACAGCUGAAGCCUAUGUCAUUGAUUUGGAGAUCACACCAAAUGGCUGUGUGAACUUUGGAACCAUUAAAGUUUUGAAGAGGCCAAACUGUCUCUCAGGAUGAAGAACCUAGGGAAAUAUGAAAUAGCCUAUAAGUGAUUGAACCCAGCAUUGGGAAUGGUGGAGAACUCAUAGCCACUAUAGCAAUUGAGGUUUCAGUCAAGUCGGUCUUCUCCAGGUACAAGAUCAUACUUGCAUGUGACCUCAACUUUGGCCCACUGGUCUAUGGCUUCAAGAAAAGCCAGAGCUUCACCAUCCAGAACAAUGGAGACUUUGAGACACGUUUCAUCAUCAGCCGCAUGGCCCCUAACCCUGCG